GUUGGUUGGUUUUAGACAUUUCAAAAGAUGAAAGAAAUGUUGGAAAUUCACUUUGAUUUUUCUCUAACAGUUUUCAAGAUAAAUUAGCAAUUUAAUCAUCGUUUUAUUUACUUAUAUUAUUAAACAUCACUAUACGUUUUUAUUGUCAAUUGGUUUUCCAGUGCUCAUUCAUGCAUACCACGGGCCACUUUGAGGAUGCUUGCAGGCCUCAAUGGACCCAGUUUUAGUACGCUAGGUCAUUGGCCCACUUGAGCUUCCACUAGGCCAUGUAAUAUUCUGCUGUGGUUUAGCCGGCCAGCACAACCUUUUGUCUUGUUACAUUAAUUUCCUUUGCUGAGAAGUAUGACACAGCCGGGCGUGGUGGCGCACACCUUUAAUCCCAGCACUCGGGAGGCAGAGGCAGGCGGAUUUCUGAGUUCGAGGCCAGCCUGGUCUACAAAGUGAGUUCCAGGACAGCCAGGGCUGGACAGCCAGGGCUAUACAGAGAAACCCUGUCUCGAAAAAAACAAAAACAAAAACCCAACCAACCAACCAAACAAAAAAGUAUGCAACACAAUUGCUUUCAGAUAUGGUCACCACCCUCGGUUCUUUUUGUGUAUUGGAAAUUAUGCCACUAACUGGGACCAAACUUCAUUUGGGAGUUCUUGUACCACUGAUGAUGCACCUACUGCUGUGCUGAUUUUCUUCUACUUAUAGGCACGUUAGUCUCAUUUCAGAUCUGUGCAUUGAAGGAUUACAUGUUGCCUAUGCGUAUUUCACUAUAAUGCUGUUUUUUUUUUCUUUUUCUUCUUAUAAUGCUGUUGUUUUGUUUUGUUUUUGUGAAAUUGCAGAUUGAGCCCAGGGCCUAAUAUGUGCUAGGAAAUACCCUAUCACCUGGCUUCACAUUUACCAUGAGUGAUGUAAGAGUGAGUAGUGAAAUACAAACAGUACCACUGUUGCGUAGUGUACUCUUGCAGCUCUGACCCACAGUACUGGGAGCACAGUCCUUGUGUUGCUGCUGUUGUUUGUUUCUCAUUAGUUCAUAUGUUGUGCAACUCCACUCAGAACAACUGUGCUCUUAGCAACAAUGUUUCUUCCUGUGAUGCCGUUUUUUUUUUUUUAAAGGAGCGUUAGCUAUCUGCAUAAUUCAAGCUUCCUAAGAAUGUUUUAUAUUAGAACUAUGAAAACUCCCCUCUACAGUAGAAGUAUCUGUGUAUACGUGUUCAUCAUGAUUUAUAAGAAUUCUGGCGUAGUGAAUCAGAAUGUGACUCCAGAGGAAACCAGUAUCCCUCCACAGUAUAAUCACUGUGCCAUUUCUAUGACUAUAUAGUUGACUGUUAAUUUUCUCUAAUCUAAGGAUUAGUGGAGAAAGGGAGUUGUUUUGAAUUGAAUUUCAUUGAACAACCUUUAAUGCACGCUAAUGUGUGCAGACGGCUGAAGUGAGUGAUAGAGACAUUGUCCCUCCCUUACAACGCUUGUAGUUUACCAGCACGGGUGACAGACACAGAAACAGUCCAGUUUUGAUGGGUAUCAUGGGUGGAAAAGAUAGUAAGCAUGAAAGAUGUUGUGGGAUCCUUGGUAUUGGAGCCGCGGCUCUGGGGAGAGGUGUCUGGUUACUAGGCAGGCUUUGCAUUAUAAGCAGGCAUUCUCUUUGAAGUGUGCCCCUCUCCGCGGAGCUGAGCUUUGAAAGCCGAUUGGUAGCUUCUCAGGAAGCCUGGGAGGAGUUGGCCUGAGUAGGACAAAGCGGGAGCUCUAAGACUAUGAGUAAGCUAUGAGUAGAGGUACAAGGAGCGCAGGCAUUGCUGGGGGAGUGCGGGAACAGAACUCAAACAUGAACAACGAUACAUAUUACAAAUGUUCAAAGCUGAUUUGGGUAGAAUUGGAAUACAGUUGCAUACAACAUAUUCCAGAAGAAUCAGAAAAGUCAAAGUAAUGGAUAACAGAAAAGAGCCUCCAUUCUUCAAUGAAGAUAACGUGGGACCAUUUUAUUUCAAACUUCCUUUCUAUGACACCAUGGAACUCUUCAUCGAAACGUUGACUGGAACAUGUUUUGAACUAAGAGUUUCACCCUUUGAAGCUGUUAUCUCUGUGAAAGGAAAAAUUCAAAGAUUGGAAGGUAUUCCCAUCUGUCAGCAGCACUUAAUUUGGAAUAACAUGGAACUUGAAGAUGAUUAUUGCUUGAAUGAUUACAACAUUUCAGAAGGUUGUACCUUGAAGCUGGUAUUGGCUAUGCGUGGUGGACCGAUAAGUACUAGAAAAGUUCCUGUGGAAGACCCACUCAGGGAGCUUGCUGAGUACAUGGAUUCCAGUCGAGAUGAGGUCUGGGAAAAGACCUCCUGCAACAAACAAGUUACGUUUUUGGUAUACCGGGAAGGAGAUCAGCUGAAUUUCUUCCGUGUGGUAGAUAGAGGGGAUGGCACUUUAACCCCACUGUCUGAGUCUUUAAGUGGUUCUGUGUAUAAUUUGUAUACAGAUGAGGAUGAAGAAGCUGAGCCUUCUCCUUCUGGGCAACAGAUCAUUGAAAACUCUAUAACUAUGAAUAAGAUGAAGCUGCUGAAGGCUAAGAUGGAGAACAUGAAUCUCAGCAAAAAGCCUAAGAAAGUUGUCAAGGUAAAACCUCGCCCACCUCUAGCUCCUCGGCCGACCAGCAGUUCUACAGCAGCAGCCCGGCACAGAUUGCUAAGAGUCCUCCCUCAUAUUGGGCAGUCUUGUUUACCUUCUGGGAAUGCACAUCUCCCUGAAACAUCCAGGAAUGCAGGCCCAAGUCCUGCAGCUCAGGCCCCUGCCGAUAGACCAGUGUCAUCUCUCAGGAAUGAGCUGCUGAAGGAUGAUGACAAUUGGGAGAUUAACAUGCUGUCUCACUCCACGAGUAGUAUCAGACUGCUUCCUCAGUUGACCCAUAUAGAACUGGAAAGUGACAAAGAGCUCGCAGAUUCUGUUCUUCAUCUUGGAUCAUCCCUGUCUAGGCGGACCAAGCACCUUUCAGGAAACUUGUUAUCUAAUAAUGAGGAUGACGUAGUCUUGUUUCCACGGUCAGAAGAAUGUGUAGCUGAUGAGUUGCUCCUGCCAGAAGUAGGUGCUUUUGCUCCAUUUGCAGAAGGAACCGGUGCCGAGCAGAGCAGUGGUGUAGAAGGGUUAGGGAAGGUAACUCCAGAGUUCCCACUCACUAAAGGUGAUGGAGGACUGAGGGCAGCGGAGCAGCCUCUGAGCCAUGUGGCAAGAGUGCUGAGCAGUGAGCCAGGAGACAAUGCAGUUCUUAACCACCGAGAGCCAAGCUCUCACAAGAACAGACUCCUGUCCCCUCUUCUCUGUGCUGCACCAGUGUCACUACAUAAUUCUCUGGUGAAGCCACAGAGACAGUCAAAAUGUUUUGAGUCAGGCAACCCCUCAGCGUCUACUUCACAAAACACCCUGCGGGAAUUGGACAUUCGAACCAUAGCAGAUUCUUCUUUCUCUAGGACUGCUCGCUUCCGUGGUGUUAAAGUCGAUUCGCCUGGAAAAAGGUCUGAUAUUAUUUCUAAAGUGGAAGCCCGAGAUAUUACAGAAAUGGCUAAUAAAGCUUCCAAAGAGCCUGUUGGUUGUGUAAACAAUAAUGGCUUUUUGGCUUCACUGGCACGGAGUGCAAGCAGAGACAGUUUGCAGAGCACCCAUGGGGCAUGCAGGCUUCGGUCCUCUGGAAUUGGUUUGUCUACAAACUUCCAGCAUUUUCAGGAUGAAAACAUUAGGAAAAGUUCUCCCCAGUCAGAACCUACAGAUUUUUUUCUAUCUGCCCGCGGUAUUGGAAUGAGUGGAAGUAAUGCAGCAGCAGGGAAGAGAAUAGGAGAAAGCAUCCACCACCUUCCACCUGUGAAAGCCCCUCUUCAAACAAAGAAGAAAAUAAUGAAACAUUGUUUUCUUUGUGGAAAGAAAACAGGACUGGCCACUAGCUUUGAAUGCAGAUGUGGAAACAACUUCUGUGCAUCUCACCGUUAUGCAGAAGCUCACGGCUGCACUUACGACUACAAAAGUGCAGGGAGGAGAUACUUAGAGGAGGCCAACCCUGUGGUCAACGCACCAAAACUUCCCAAAAUCUAAUUCUUCUCUGCGCUUUACUGCUUUGCCUGAGGAAUCGAUUAUAUUUGACAGAGAAAUAUUGUUUAGACUGCAUUAUUUUUGUUCGACUCCAAAAGAUUUGCCAAAUAACAAGCGCACAUAGUGUGCACUGUUGGAGACUGAAAAUGCCUACUGUAUUGAUGUCUUUAUUCUUUGGUGAAUCAAAAGUUUUAAAAGUAGUUUUAAAAACUUUACACUAUAAUGAUUUAGUUUUGUUAUUGCAUGUCUGUGUUAAGUAUUUUACAUUUGAGAUUGGAAUUAUUAGACAAAUCUUCCAAAGAUGCACUUUAGGAAGUUGCUAUUGGCCACAUAACUAGGCUUCCAUGUUGUACAGCAGUGAGUGGUUCCAUAUGGCUCUGUUCAAACUGAGCACAUUUUGCCUUUUUUCUUUCUUUUCUUGGGGGGAUGGGAUAAAUGGGAUAUUUUUUAAAGAAUAAAUCCCGCAUGUGAAAGUUUAUGAAGGUUACUAGCAGGUUCUUUUUAAAAGAACAUUUGGUUUUUUUUAAACAUGUGAUUUUUAACACAUAUAUUUCUUCCAUAUUCAGAUUGGCAUUCAUAUAUGUAUCCAUUCUGUAGAACACAUCAUGUUAAUAUAGUAUACAUUUAAAAAAAUACUACUUUUUAAAUGGUAGUUUUAAAAUAACAGUAUCUUACUUGUUGCCAUUGAAAAAAGAAUCCAACUUUUCACUUUCAAAAAUGGCUAUAUAUAUAUUUUUUUAAAGUCUCACAAACUUGGUUUAUUUUUCUUACAUAUUGAGUGCUUUUACAGGGGAAAUUCAAAUAAAUAUUCAACUUCACUAUGACUUUAUUUGAUUAUUUACAAUACAUUUUCUUUUAUAAAGUACUUAAAUAAAUAACUGAUUUAUUAUACUUGGGGGAAAUGACUGGCAGUAUAAAGGUAUUAUUUUAAGGUCUGAGGGCUUUGUUCUUAGGUAGAAUGAAUUUUCUAUUCAGGACUUUGGAGGGCCAUUGAAGCUAAUGUUGAAUGUGAGGCAACAGCUGUCAGGCGGCUAAGUUAGGGGCUGCACCCUUGUUUCCCACAGGGGCUCCCAAAGGCCAUUUUAGUGUGUCAUAGACCACUCACUCCACUGAGGGUUGCCUGGAGAACUCUUGAUACUCCUCUCUCACGUCAUAGAGGAGAUUGAAUGGUGAGGGACAGACCUGCCAUCAGACCUAUAGUAAAGGAGAUUAGUUAAAGAGAACGGUAAUAGAGGAAGGAGCCUUACAAUUAAAGAUGGAGGGUAUGCUUUUGUUUGUUGGUUUGCUUUGUUUUUUGUUUUUUGAGAUAGGCUCUCAAGACUGUAGCCAAGGCUGCCUUUGACUCACUGUGUAGCCCAGGCAAGCCUUUGAAUUCGCAGCAGCCUUUAAGCCUCAGUCUCUCUUGUGCUAGGAUUAUAGGCUGGAGUUAACACUCUGCUGAAGACAUGCUUUGUAUGUGUGGCACAUGAGUGCAUUUGAAGGAUACAUGAGGCCAGAGCAGGAUGUCAAGUGAGCUGCACCAACAGGUCAUUCUUCAGUGGCAGGGUCCUCAGUGAGACAGGUAGGAGAUGAGAAGGUGGGGACACUGGUGUUUGGAGAUCUUAUGCUUAGCAAGCUUAACAAGUACAGCAUCUUAAAUUCUAUUUCCACAGCAGAGUAGGACAGAGUUAACAGAAACUAUCGAAUAAUGGAAUGAAGUUAGCAUGAAGUGAGUCCAGCAAUGUUGUACAAAAGGGAACACAGGCUUCCUCAAGUUCAUCACAACAGAGCACGUAGUGGCCUUAGGACUGAUUACUCCAGCCUCUUUAGGGGAAAAAGCCAAGUUUCUAGGGACCAAAUCCUUUAACUCCUCUGAGGCCCUGGCCCCAGCACCAGCCCAGCCCUUGCCAAGUCUACUUUUGGGCAAAGACACAGCAGUAGGUUCCCUUUGUCUUUUCACUGGUGCCUCUGAGAAAGCCUUAGACCUGCCCAUCCCUGAACAGUUAGGUAUCUAUCAUUCUCCACCAUAUUGACUUGAAACAGGUUUUUGCCAUGUUGGCUGCCAUGCUGGCUAACCAGCUCCCGGGACCUGCCUGUCCCUGCUUGUGGUCACCCUGUCAAUGUUGUCAUUAUGGCACUUGGAGCCAUGCCCAGCCACUGAGCAUUUGCCCAUGCUUGCUUGCAGUGUAAGCGCUCAAUCACUGAAGUGUCUCCCUAGCCCUGAAAGGCAUGCUUUUAGAGGAAUAAGUAAAGGGUAAUGACAUAUCUGUGAGAAAUUAUGUCUUUUCUCUCCUUUUUUUUUUCCCCCUGAGACAGGGUUUCUCUGUGUAGCUAGCCCUGGCUGUUCUGGAACUCACUUUGUAGACCAGGCUGGCCUUGAACUCAGAAAUCCACCUGCCUCUGCCUCCCGAGUGCUGGGAUUAAAGGCAUGUGCCACCACAGCCGGCUCAUGUCUUUCCUCUCCUACCAAGUAAUAAAUAUGGUUUAGAAAUAUAUUUUUAAAAAUGCCAGGAGGAGGUAGCUCACACCUCUAAUCCCAGACUCACAGGCAGAUCUCUGAGUUUAAGGCCAGCCUGGUCUACAGAAAAAUACUGUCUUGAAAAAAAAAGCAACAAAAAACAAAAACAAAAAAACCAAACCAAACAAAACAAAAACAAAAAAAAUUUCAUAUGCACAGGCACUGAAAAAUGAACCAAAGCAUAUUUAUUAUAUAAAUAUGAAUAUGUAGUUAGAUUGGAUAUAUGUUUUGCAUACUUUUAGCUCAUAAUUAUUAGUAGGAAUAAGUCUUAAGUCUUAAGUUCUAUGAAUGAUUUUGGUCAAAGUUGCAUCAAGUUUUGCCUGAUACUGGGGAUGAGACCAUAGCCUAAGCAAGCACCCUGCCACCAAGCCACACCCCAGCCCACAGGUGAGUUACUUUGUAGUUUUUGAGUCAUUUAGAAAUGAAACACUUUGGUUUUUUGUUUGUUUGUUUGUUUGUUUUCUGAGACAGGCUUUCUCUGUAGCCCUGGCUGUCCUAGAACUCACUCUGUAGACCAGAAAUGAAACACUUAAAAUUUUUUUAUCAUUAUUGCAAGGGAUCUCAGAGCCUUCAGAUCUGUCUUCCUUUCAGUGAUGAGGAGUGUGCCCUGGGUAACAGCCUUGAAUACAGGGGCUGCCUGCCACAUUGCACAACCUGUGUAACAUAAAAUGAUUUUAAAUCUCAGUGCAUUUCAUACCCAGCUUUUGAUUUGUAAAAGCAAUACAUAUUUGGUUACACAGCACUGAACGUGUGUAUUCUUAACUUUCUGUUGUUGUUUUCAGGCGGGUUCUUACUCUGUAGCUCAGGGUGGCCUGAAACUCAGUGUAACCUUGGCUGGCAUCAGACUUACAAUGGAUCUCCUCCCUUAACUUGGCAGUAUUUUAAACUUUCAACUAUGUAAAAUAUUUCACGUCACUUUGGGGGCCUAGGGACGUAGCUCAGUUGGUAGAGAGCUUACCUAGCAUACAAAGCCACAGGACUGGGUGUGGGGCUGCACACCUGACAUCUCCUGUGAUCCCACAUUUGGAUUGGAAUCCAUGGAGAAGCAGAGGCUGGACGGUCAGAAGUUUCCAGCAUCCUUGGCUUACAUAGUCAGAGGCCAACUUUGCUCAAAGAUUCUGAAUAUGAACAGUAACAACAACAAAACAAAAACAAAACCCAGAAUUUUUUUAGUGCAAUUUAGUCAGACAUUGGAAAAAAUGUUUAUAUGCUUGAUAUUAGUACUUCUGAAGUGAUUUAAUUGUAAAAUCGAGACAGGAAUUUUCUCUUAGCUAUAAAAUAGUCUUAACCCAUCAUGAUAAAUCGGAUUUUGUAUCUUGAAGUACUUUUUAAAGUGUGGCUUCUGUACACUGCUAAACAUGAGAUGGUUUUAGGAUGUUUAUGGAUGGAUAUAUACUUUAAAAUAAUUGAUUUCAAAAUAAAAGUACAAACUAUUCUAAAUUUAA